AUACUGUUUACAGGCUGUUUUGUUGCUUUUCGUUCUGGCCAAAGGCUUAAUUAGGGGUGGGAAUGGGAUAGCAAUUGGAUUAGAAGGAGAGCUGGGAAACAUUCCUGCUUUUUCCUCACCCUAUAGUACUUCAAGAACACAUAAAGGAAAAACAUAACGCAUUUAACAACGGCAUCUAUAAUCAAGUUCGGGCGGCGAUGGGAAGGUAAGGCUUCGUCGAGCCAGGAGCGCGAACCGAGGAGCGAGUCAGCCGCGUGAACUGUACAGUGGCAGGGAGCGAGAGGCACUAUUGUCGCUGGGUCUCCCACCACGCCGACGGAGAGGUCCGUCGGCCAAUAACGUGCGGCCGUUCUUAUGAUGUCAUCGGAGGAGGAUACUGACUGUUUCGGCCUGUACGGAGAUAAACUAUCGAAGAAGGCGAAACGCACCAGACAGCGAGUGGACGCCGGAGAACCAAGAAAUAGUUACUCGUCUAUACCGAAUUUUAGUUCACGGCCUUCCUUCAUGAGCGGAGGCAUAUACGGGGCUAUCUUCAGCCAGAACCAACAGCACUUCGGGUUGUUUGGUCCCGGCUACGGUCCAGCCAAAAUGUUGAACGAGCUACUCGGACGUCAGGGCCAUCCUGGUGACGAGGGCGCCUGCGACGCGCAGGAUCAGGUAGGUGGUGGUCGUCAUUCAUCUGAAGAUGGCGGUUCGCCAUCUCCGCAUGCUACUGAAUUGGCUCAUCACAUGCUGCGUGAUAUUCUGCAGGGCCGCAAGAAGGAGCUGAUGGCGCUAGAGAGCGAACUGCGAGCCGGUCCCGACAACAAUAAUUGCAUCAAGAAUAAUAAUAAUAAUAACCAUCACAACGGUGAUGGUCAGUGUGUAUCCGCGGAUAGUGAAAUAAGUGAAGUGGUCGGCGUUAGCGGACGUGCGGAGGGUGGUUCUUUAACGACAGAUAAUAGUGUUGUGGUCGAUGAAGACAUUGCUGCGCCGUCUGAGGAGACGCCAAUGGACUCGGAACAUUCUUUGCCAGCGUCACCACUGCCAACACUCAAGAACGAACCGGAAACAGUGGAUACAAAUAAUACAGAUUCGCGUGUUAAAGACUUACAACCCGGUUCUCCCGAUAAAAGUGAUCAACCGGCACCGUUAGAUAUGAAACGUGCGCGUGUGGAAAAUAUAGUGUCGAGCAUGCGCAGCAGUCCUGCUCCGCAACAAGUGAAUGGUUGUAAGAAACGUAAAUUGUAUCAUCCCCAACAGCAUGACAAUUAUUCGCAAUUGGGAAUUAAUAUGCAGCAGUUAUUAAUCGAAGACGAAGAAGAUGACGACGACGAUGACGAUACAAUAGAAACACCGCAUACGUUGUUACAAAAACGUGUUGAGAAAAAUGCAUUAAAAUCACAGUUGCGUAGUAUGCAGGAGCAACUCGCUGAAAUGCAACAAAAAUAUGUGCAAUUGUGCUCGCGAAUGGAACACGAAUCAGAUACUCAAGAAGUGGAAGAAGUUACAAGUGAUCUUGAACAAGAUGUAGUGAGUCAAACAUGUACAGAAAAACGAACACCUAUAUCAUCACCAUCCGUUAAAACGACACAAUCACCGCCACCAGUGCAACAGACGGCGCCGGCGCCAGCUAAUAUUAUGUCACAAGUGAUGAGUAAAAUGAUGUCAGCGGCAAAAAUUCAUCCACACGCACAUCAAAUGCGACAUCAAAAUCCGCACGGUAUGCCUGCAGCAUUUAAUGGACCUCAACAUCCCUUAUUGCAACAGCAAAUGCACGCGGAAGCGCACGGAUUGGCAAUGGGCCACCCACAUGUACAACAUCCACAUCACGCUAUAAGCAAUGCUGCAGCAGUAUAUUUGGGUGUUAGUCAAAAAUUAUUCAUGGAGCAAGAAGCUAGAAUGGCCAAGGAGGCAGCAAUGGCUGCUCAUGCUGCAGCAGAUCAGCAACAUCAUCAACAACAACAACAGCAACAUCAACAGCAGCAGCAACAACAACAGCACCAGACACCGCAUAUGAAUCAUUCGCAGCACAUACCCAAUCACAGCGGCCCAGUCGCACAUCAAAGUAAUUCACAGUCGAGUCAAACUCUAAAUCAAUCACAGCAAUCGCCACAGUCAAUGGGUAAAGAUAGCACAAACGAAAGGCCACGACCUGCAGCAGUAUCGCUUUCUAUGAAUCAAGUUACAGGUUCAGAUCUAGAGGGACUAGCCGAUGCUUUGAAAACAGAAAUCACAGCCUCGUUGUCAUCGCUUGUGGAUUCAGUUGUUACGCGAUUUGUGCACCAACGACGAUAUCUAGGAAAACAUUCCGAAGCAGCGGCAGCAGCAGCGGAACAGCUGAACAAGGAUCUCCUAUUGGCUUCGCAAUUGCUCGACCGCAAAAGCCCGCGUGCAAGGCCUCCUCCAGUGACAGAUCGUGGUAGCCAAGCGACACAGCCGCAGCAGCCCAAUCAACCAGCAGGUCCUUUCCAGCACCCAAAGCCGCCGCAGCAAUCGCAGCAACAGCAGCAGAUGCAGAUGGCCAUGUACGCACACAACGGAGUCAGCCCGCACGGAGCGUCGCAAAACAAUAUGUUUUGCAAACCAGAGCCGAUGGAGACCAAUCCAGAGCAGAACGAGGCGCUGAGUCUCGUGGUCACGACAAAAAAGAAAAGGCAUAAGGUUACAGACACACGCAUCACGCCGCGAACAGUGAGCAGGAUUUUGGCGCAGGAUUCGCCCGAACACGGUUUAAGCAACGGAGCAGCAUCAGAUUGUCCGUCACCUCGACCGUACCAACAGAACCCACCCCCGCCUCCGCCACCGCCGCCGAUGAUUCCGGUGUCGUUACCCACUUCAGUAGCGAUACCAAAUCCUUCACUGCACGAAUCCAAGGUAUUCUCCCCGUACAGUCCGUUCUUCGGCGCUCACGGCCCGCACAUGUACCACAUGGGCGGCGUGGGCCCCCACAGUCCGCCUGGAAUGGGAGAACCGCGCGAUUCACCGCCACUGCCGCACCCGCCCGCCAUGCUUCAUCCUGCACUACUCGCAGCAGCACACCACGGCAGCUCACCGGACUACGGGCACCUCCGAGCUGCCAUGGAGGCCAACGAUCGCAACUCAGACUGCAACUCGGCGGACAUCUCAUACGAUGGAGUGCGACCUACAUCGUCAACAUUAACCCCAAUGCACCUGCGAAAAGCCAAGCUGAUGUUCUUCUGGGUCCGGUAUCCAAGUUCUGCUGUCCUGAAGAUGUACUUCCCAGAUAUCCAAUUCAACAAGAACAACACAGCGCAACUGGUUAAAUGGUUCUCCAACUUCAGGGAAUUCUAUUACAUUCAAAUGGAGAAGUAUGCUCGGCAGGCAGUAAGCGAAGGUGUCAAAAAUGCUGAUGAAUUGCAAGUUGGAGGCGACAGCGAAAUUUAUAGAGUUCUAAAUCUUCAUUACAACCGGAACAACCACAUAGAGGUUCCAUCAAACUUCCGUUACGUAGUGGAGCAAACGUUACGAGAAUUCUUCAAAGCGAUACAGGGCGGUAAAGAUACGGAACAGUCGUGGAAAAAAUCGAUCUACAAGAUCAUUUCCCGACUGGACGAUCCGGUUCCUGAAUACUUCAAAUCUCCAAACUUCCUGGAACAAUUGGAGUAA